AGAGCUUUGAUUUUUGAGGAGACUCGCAAUAGGAAAACUUGCUUCUAUCUGUCUACUGGAAAACAGUGGGUAGAAUUUGCUCGGUGGGGAAAUCUAUGGAGCAGGGAAUCAGCCAUAGUUGGGCUCAGGGACUCUACAGAUUAAUAGCUAUAGUGUGCCCAGCACUAGUCAGUAAAAGGUGUCCGUACUAGAGCGCCUCCUGCUGGCUCCAUACCCUAACCGCAUCUGCAUCUCGCGGACAGGAAGGCUGGAUGGAACCUCCAAGGGCCUGUGGAACUAGCUUCUGCGUGGCCCUCCUCACGUGGCGCCCUUCACCACGGUUGCUCUGAGGUACAACCGCAGCUGCGUUGGAUCCGCAAGAGGUAAUGAGGGACACAUGGAGGUGGCAGCUGCUUGCCUGCAGGAAUACCAGGGCAGGAAGAUCUGGACCUAAAAGCAACCCCUUCAGGAUUGCCCUAUUCUAACCUCAGGGUCUAAACAGAGUAUGGAUCCAUGACCCUUGAACAGAGCACAUUAAGGACAAGCAUUGGACACUACUUCCUGGGAGCUUCGGUUGUAUCCUAUGCUUCUUUUAUCUCCCCAGUACAACCCUACAGGUGAUUCUUGUCACUGAGAAGAGCCUUUGAAGGAGUUUAUUACAUUUUUUUAAGUUACCUCAUAACGGGAAAGGAACUUACCCUCACAUCCCUGUGUUAUAUCUUGAUGAAUAUGCCACAGAAUCGGCUAUGGAUAAAAAAGGAACUGAGAGUGUUGGGGACCAUACAACUAAUGACAGGCCUGAUUGUACAGAGCCUGGGAUACUUCUGGACAUACCUGUUCUUUUCUCAAACUAUUGUAUUUGGACUGGGAAGUAAUUAUCCUCCUCUCAUAGGAACGUCAGGAUACUCACUUUGGGCCUCCUUGCUUUUUAGCCUAUCAGGAAGUUUAUCAAUAAUACUACAGAAGAACCCUUCAAAUCACAUGCUGAUCUGGACCAUGACAAUGAACAUCCUAAGCUUCUUCGCAACACUAAUUGGUGUGUUUUUAACAACAAUCGAACUGAUAGUGACUUCAAGUUUAGAGUCAUCCCUGUGGCAAUAUAAAAGUGGUAGGAUGCUUACAGAAUAUAUGUUCCUGUUCAUCGUCUUGGAGAUGUUCAUGACAUCCAUAGUAACUGAGUGGACCUAUAGAGCAAGACAAACAGAUUAAAACAGUUGAUCGCUCUCAUCGAUGCUGCCCUUUUCCUGCAUGUUAGGAGGAGUAUGGCGGCCUCAAUCAAGGACGAAAGCCUGCUGAUGAGUGAGGAACUUUGUUCACAAGACACCUUGGAAAGUGGGAUUUUAAUAAGUCUUCCUCAGCAUUUCCUCACCUCCAUCUCAUUAAUAAAAACUGGUGACAAUGAG